CUGGAUACUUCCAAGAAAGUCCUUCAAACUUGACCUCGUCUUUGGGGAAGGAGGUAAAACUCUCCUGCUCCAUCCUGGCCCUGGGCGAGGCACCGGAGAUCAGCUGGCUGAGGGAUGGAGAGGCCUUCGAAUUUGCUGAUAGUAACCAGAUGCAGGUGCCUUUGGAAGAGGGCGAAUGGGAGACCACCAGCGAACUGAGCAUCUCUUCCCUCCAGCUUUCUGACAUGGGAAAUUACCAGUGUGUGGCCUGGGUGAACGGAUCUGAAAUUGUUUCCGAAGGAGCUUAUCUGAAGUUAGAAGGUCUCCCCUUUUUCUCCGAGGAGCCCCAAGACCUGGAGAUCACGGCCGAUACCCCGUUCAACCUCAGCUGUGGGGCGCAGGGACCCCCAGAGCCUGUCUUGGUGAUCUGGUUGCAGGACAGCGUUCCCCUUAACUCGCUGGCGGAUCCCCUGGCCCAGACCCCGUCCGUCUUGGGGGUGAGAGGGUUGAAUCACAGCGCCUCCUUCUCGUGCGAAGCCCACAAUGCCAAGGGAGUCAGCACAUCCCGAACCGCCGUAGUAAAAGUGUUACCUGGACAGCCCCGUGACUUAUCCGCUGUCCAUCGCAGUGACCACAGCUUGGAGGUGACGUGGGAGCCCGGUUUUAGCGGCGCUUAUGCGCAGGAGUUCUGCACCAUCCAGGCUGUGCGCUCCGAUGAAGACCUGAGCACCGUUUCCGACGAGCUGUAUAACCGCAAGAUCCGUGUCCCGCCUUUCCGUCACAAGCUGGACGGCCUCGCAGCCUUCACCACCUACCACGUGCGCGUGGCCUGCCACUGCUCGGAAGGCCACUCGCCCUGGACUCACUGGGUGCCCAUGGACACCUUGGAAGGGGUGCCUGCAGCCGCCCCGGAGGACAUUGUGACUAUUCAGAACGGCAGCUGCACCAUCAUCCAGUGGGGGGAACCCCGGGGCAAGAUCAACGGGAUCCUUCAGGGGUACAAGCUGGUUUGUCAAAGCGGGGAGUCGCCCGAGGUGAUCGUGGACGUGGGACUGACCAACGAGACAGUUUUGUCUCUGAACUCAACUGUACAGAACUUAACCGUACGGAUUGCAGCCUACACCAGUGCUGGAGAUGGACCCUGGAGCAAAGCCAUCAUGAUCUUCCCCUUGGAAUCAGGUGAAAUACUACCAGCUCCUCAGUCAGUAGGACUCUCUGUCCCUGCCUUCUCCUGGCACUGGUGGUACGUGGUGAUCGCGGUGGCCACUGCUGUGGCAGCCACCAUCUUCAUCAUCAUCUUCUUGGCACGUAUGAGGAAGAAGGAAACACGCUACGGGGAAGCAUUUGAGCCCAACAUGGAACAAGGGGAGCUGGUGGUUCACUAUCGGGCCCGCAAAUCGUACAGCCGCCGGACCACCGAAGCUACAUUGAACAGUCUGGGCAUUAGUGAAGAACUGAAGGAGAAGCUUCAGGAUGUAAUGAUUGACCGCCAUAGGGUGGCCCUGGGCAAGACCCUUGGCGAAGGAGAAUUCGGCUCGGUUAUGGAGGGUCAACUCAGCCAAGAUGGCGCCGUCUUUAAAGUUGCGGUCAAGACAAUGAAGAUUGCCAUAUGCACCCGAAGCGAGAUGGAGGACUUCCUCAGUGAGGCUGUUUGUAUGAAGGACUUUGACCAUCCCAACGUCAUGAAACUGAUCGGCGUCUGUCUGCAGAACACAGAAAGUGAAGGAUACCCAUCCCCUGUGGUGAUCUUGCCGUUCAUGAAACACGGAGAUCUGCAUAGCUUCCUGCUCUACUCCCGGCUCGGGGAGAGUCCCGUGUACCUGCCCACGCAGACCCUGGUUAAGUUCAUGGUGGACAUUGCAAGUGGAAUGGAGUACCUCAGUAGCAAGAACUUCAUCCAUCGCGAUUUGGCGGCCCGCAACUGCAUGCUGAACGAAAGCAUGACAGCCUGCGUGGCCGAUUUCGGCCUCUCUAAGAAGAUCUAUAACGGGGAUUAUUACCGCCAAGGCCGUAUCUCCAAGAUGCCGGUGAAAUGGAUUGCCAUCGAGAGCCUGGCAGACCGCGUUUACACCACCAAGAGCGACGUGUGGUCCUUUGGAGUCACCAUGUGGGAAAUCGCCACACGAGGCCAGACACCUUAUCCGGGGGUGGAAAACAGUGAAAUCUACGACUACCUACGUCAAGGCAACCGCCUCAAGCAGCCAAUUGACUGCCUGGAUAGUCUGUAUGAGCUGAUGAUGAGCUGUUGGGCGCUGACCCCCCGCGACCGUCCCACUUUUGAAAUCCUCUCUCAGGAGCUGGAGAGGACCCUCAAGUCCCUCCCGCCGCCCAAAGACCCCGAGGAGAUCCUCUACGUCAACAUGGAUGACGGGGUGGCUCCCGCCGAGGCGGAGCUGGGGGCCGUCGGAGGCUUGGGCCCCGAGGAAUCCCUGGCCAAAGAGAGCCAGCUGCUGAAGGCCAUGGUGACCUCGGCCGAGGUCCAUCCCCCGCAGGCGAUGGGCCGCUACGUGAUGUGUCCCACUCCCCUGGAGAACAGCCGGCUCUUGACGGAGACCCUCAGCUGUGCCGCCACUGAGGAAGGCGCCUAA